CGCGGCCACGUCCCAUGACAGCUCAUACCACCACCACUACCACCCGGCCCCCCGAAAUCACGAGCACCAUUUGCAGUCUUGCACCAUGGCACACUCUCGAAUCCAUCACCCGCGCGCACACCUACGCUCUGCAUCCGCCCAGCCCUCAUUAAUAUUCUCUCCUCCCCUGGCCAGAUCAACCUCUUUCCCCCUCUUUCCCUCCCUGCCUACCACUUGUUUGACCUCUGCCGCUCGUGUCUAGCUAAUGAGGUGAGUUGAAGAGAGUGAGAACAGUGGAGGUCAGUGGAAGUGAGGUACUGUAGUGUACUAUCUAGUAGCGUGAGAUGGGGAGAAUUGAGGCCCCCUCCCCGUCCGCUCUCCUCUGCCUCCUCGUCGUCCUCCUCGCCUCACUGCCCUCCUCCCUCCUCCUGGUGCGAGGCGACGACCCCUACAGGUUCUACAGCUGGAACGUCACCUUCGGCGACAUCUACCCUCUUGGUGUCAAGCAGGAGGGGAUACUGAUCAACGGGCAGUUCCCGGGGCCGCAGAUCGACGCCGUGACCAACGACAACAUCAUCGUCAAUGUCUUCAACAACCUGCCUGUCCCCUUCCUCCUCUCAUGGCAAGGAAUUCAGCAGAGGAGGAGCUCAUGGCAAGACGGUGUGUAUGGCACAAACUGCCCAAUCCCUCCGGGGGGCAAUUUCACGUAUAACAUGCAAUUCAAGGACCAAAUUGGGAGCUACUACUACUUCCCUUCCCUUGCAUUCCACAAGGCAGCCGGGGGGUAUGGUGGCAUCAGGGUCCUUAGCCGUCCGAGGAUCCCGGUUCCAUUUGACCCCCCUGCCGGUGAUUUUACCAUAUUGGCCGGUGACUGGUUCAAACUCAAUCACACUGACUUGAAAGGCAUUUUGGACAGUGGCAAUGACCUGCCAUUCCCAGAUGGUCUUCUUAUUAAUGGUCAAGGCUGGAAUGGCAACAGAUUCACUGUAGACCAAGGGAAAAUAUACCGUUUUCGGGUGUCGAAUGUGGGCAUCGCAACGUCAGUGAACAUAAGGAUUCAAGGCCAUUCCAUGCUCCUGGUUGAGGUGGAGGGAUCACACAGCAUGCAGAACACAUACACAUCGAUAGAUAUCCAUCUAGGCCAGUCCUACUCGUUCCUUGUUACAGCUGAUCAGCCACCCGCUGACUACUCCAUAAUUGUCUCGACACGUUUCACCAACCCUGUGCUCACCACCAGUGCCAUCCUCCACUACAGCAACUCGAAUGGGGUUGCCGUGACAGCAUCACCUCCCCCGGGGCCUACAACCGAUAUCAACUUUUCCCUCAACCAGGCUAGAUCAAUUCGGUGGAAUCUAACUGCGAGUGGACCGAGGCCAAAUCCUCAAGGGUCUUACCACUACGGUCUUGUCAACACCACAAGAACCAUCAGACUCGCCAACUCACGGGCUACCAUCAACGGCAAGCUGAGAUACGCAGUCAACAGUAUCUCCUUCAUCCCAGCUGAUACUCCUCUCAAGGUUGCAGAUUUCUACAACAUCCAAGGAGUGUUCACACUGGGGAGCAUACCCGACAACCCAACUGGCGGCGGUGCCUAUCUCCAGACAGCCGUCAUGGCAGCCAACAUGCGGGAAUAUGUGGAGAUCAUAUUUGAGAAUGCGGAGAACUUUGUGCAGUCAUGGCACAUUGAUGGUUACGCAUUCUGGGUCGUCGGGAUGGAUGGAGGACAAUGGACACCGGCUAGUCGUCAGGGUUACAACCUUAGAGAUGCCAUUGCUCGGUACACCUUGCAGGUGUACCCUCAGUCAUGGACAGCCAUCUACAUGCCACUGGACAACGUGGGGAUGUGGAACGUCAGGUCGGAGAGCUGGGGCAGGCAGUACCUCGGCCAGCAGUUCUACCUCCGGGUCUACUCGCCGGCGAACUCGUGGCGGGACGAGAACCCGAUCCCGAAGAACGCUCUUCUCUGCGGCCGGGCUUCUGGGCGCCGCACUAGGCCUCUCUGAAUCUGAAAUUCUGAACUGAUCCUGUUUCCAGUCACGAAGGGGUGACUGGAACUUCUUGGGAUCAGAUGAGGGAAGAGGAUACAUUGGGUGCUCAUAUUGCUGACCAGAGUUCCAAUUCUUUUGACAAACUUUUAGAUGCUUGUAGCAUUCCAUUUGUGGCGUUGUGCCACUCGUAUCUAUUAUUUUAAUAUUUGAGUCAUGAAACUACCACGUUAAUCAGUGAAAAAAAGAAAGAUCAGCAAAUAGUACCACAUAAGUCCACGGAAAAUCAUGUGAGUUCAACCAUGAAAAAAAUAUUAUAGUGAGUUUAGCUGUGCUAUUUGUGUGGGUCACCUGCUUGUUAUUUAGCAAUUGUAGUUGAAAUGUUUUCCGUGAAUUCUUUGUGUGGGUAGC